GCCUUUCAAUUGCGCUGCGCGUUUCGAAGGUGCCGCACCUUCACUUCAGGCGUUGGGGGAUUAACCGGUCCAAGUAAAGGACAACUCUCGUAGUCAUUCGAGACGUCACAAGUCGUCGGAAACCAGGUGUGAUUUUUUAUUUAUUUAAGGAACCGUGUCUUUUCGGAAAGUGGAUAUGCAGCCUGAUGAAAGAGGAAAGAACUCAAAGGUGGCUCUGUCAUUUGGAAUGGAAGACGCCGCGGAGGUUUUUGGGAUCCAGUUGAAGAUCAUAUCCUCCUUUCAAAUGCUCUAGAUUGGACCAACACCCUGUCAAUCACACAUCAAUGCCUCCGCCCACUCCCCACAAAUCAUCUCCUUAACCUCAUCCACUCCAACCAAUCAGUCUUCUCCCCAGCCUUUAAACCCCACCCGAUUUAAAAAAAAAAAAAAAAGAACUCUGCACCCCCCAGCUCUCCCAUUCAACAAAAAAAAUAAAACAACAACAACAAACAACAAACAUGAACAUGGAUAUGGAAGGCGAUGACCAGCCCGGGUGCUUCUACAACAAGUCAGUGGAGUUUUUCUACAACAACAGUGGCAAGAACAUCAGCAAGUUCUGGCGUCGCCGCGACUACGUCGUGGUUUCACUAGGCAUGAUGGUCUGCAUCAUCGUCAUCCUCGCCAACAUCCUGGUCAUGACGGCCAUCUUCAUCAACCGCCGCUUCCACUUCCCCAUCUACUACCUGUUGGGCAACCUGGCCUUCGCCGACCUCUUCGCCGGGUCCUCCUACCUCUUCCUCAUGUUCCACACCGGGCCCUGGACUAUCCGCCUCACCCAGUACCGGUGGUUCAUUAGACAGAGUCUAAUAGACACCAGCCUCACGGCGUCGGUGAUCAACCUCCUGGCCAUCGCGGUGGAGCGCCACCAGACCGUCUUCACCAUGCAGCUGCACAGCACCAUGACCAACAAGCGCGUGGUGCUGCUCAUCCUGGGCAUCUGGGCCGUGGCCAUCCUCAUGGGCCUGAUCCCCACCAUGGGCUGGCACUGCCUGUGCGACCUGGACAGCUGCUCCACCAUGGCGCCCAUGUACAGCCGCAAGUACCUGAUCUUCUGGGCCUUGCUCAACCUGCUCAUCUUCCUGAUCAUGGUGGCCGUCUACACGCGCAUCUUCCUGUACGUGCGCCACAAGAGCCACCGCAUGUCGCAGCACACCUCGCAGACCAAGCACAAGGAGACGGUGGAGAACCUCAUGAAGACCGUGGUCAUGAUCUUAGGUGCCUUUGUGAUCUGCUGGACCCCGGGUCUGGUGGUUCUGCUGCUUGACGGGCUGGACUGUGUGUCCUGCCAGGUGCUAAAAUACGAGAAGUACUUCCUGAUCCUGGCCGAGUGCAACUCGCUGGUCAACCCCAUCAUCUACUCCUACCGCGACAAGGACAUGCGCCGCACCUUCCGCAAGAUCCUCUGCUACCUGUGCCCGGUCCGGUGCCGGAGGGCUGCCGGCGCCGAUGCCUCGGGGGUGCGUUUCAGCACGGUGGACCACGAGAGAAGCACAAGGAUUUCUUCCCAAUUGCGGCCUGUGAAGGACCAGAACCAGAAGGAACCGAACGGAACUCGGCUGGAACUGGGCCAAGCGGAGAACCUUCUGAGCUCCUCAGAAAGCUAAGCAAGUCAACUCUGGACUGAAGGAUGAAAUGGAUUGAACCACCAAAGGAUGGACUGAUGAAUUGAUGGAUUAAAUAGAUGAAGUGAUUGAUCCACCCUAUUGAUCCAGUUAAUUGACUCGAAGGGGAGGGGUGGGGAGGGGGGAGGGGUGGUCGUCUCCAGGAGGGCACAUUUGGUGGGUGGGUGAGGGAGGGAGUGAAUGACUGUCUUCAGGGAAGAAAAGGGAUGUUAGUUGAAUAAUGGAAGGAUGCAUAGAAAGAGCCAAUAAAAUAAGAGUAACUUCUUUUUUAACUUUUUUUUUUAAGGAUGGUUCUGGGCUCACUCCGCUGGGAGCUUAGCAGCUAACUGAACCCACAUCCAGUGCAGUUUUAUCUGCCUCCAAAACUUAAAUUUUUAUUCAGUUUGGUUUUUAAAUUAUACCUUGUCAAAUGGAGACAUUUUGGGGCAGGAGUUGUAAUGCUGACGUGUAUAUGUGUAUCCUUGUUGAAGUGGUGGUGUUGUUUUUUUGGGGGGUUAGCCUAUUAGCCGUGUUUGCCUUUAGCUGAUGCUAACUUUGCCUUUUAAGAAAGAGAUUAUGUUUUUAGAGAACAAGUUGGAUAUGUGUUUGUAUUGGUUCCGUGCCUGUGUGUGUGUGUGUGUGUGUCCGCAUGUCUGUGUGUUCAUGAUGAUUAUCAUGCCUCCAGGCAUGUUGACAGAGCUACCUGUUUCUCCAAGACGGAGAGAGAUGCGUUGUAGCUACAGUCAGCUCAUUCUACUUGAAUUUAGUUUUAGUUUCUUUUUUUUUUUUGGCUCUGGCUGACAAAGUUAUGAACAUAGGUCUUUAGGCUAAUUCAUAUCAUAUUUCUGUAUAUAUACUGUAUCAACCCCUGUAGAGAUGGCCGCCGCUAGGUCUGUCUCGCACUGUCCUCGCUAGGUCUGUCUCACACUGAGCACAGAUAAAAUUACUGCAAUGUUUGACUUGACAUGAGAUUUCAUAGCAGUGUUAAAGUUAAAGUGCCUUAUCCUCGAACUUUCUACUUUAAGAUAUACAUACAUUCAUAUCAGUUGAUGAAGGUGGAUGCCAUUAAAGGGAAUCUCUCAAUAAUG